UUUUUGAGCCGCGAACCUCCAACACAGUGGGAGGCAGCAUUUCACCGCAGAGCCGCUGGGCGAAACCGACGUGCAACGGGCAGAAGAAAGGAACAGUUUGUCCCACCGGCGUUUCAUCUAGCAGAAAGGUCGUUGGCAGCUGGACGGUAUUUGGUAAUACUCAAAACCAAAACCAAAUCUAGGCUAAAUAGUUUAACUUUGUUGUAAGUUUGGGGCUCGAAACGCGGAGGGAUGUGAGUGCCGCUGAAAAGACGGAGGGACGCGGCUGUACGUCGCGUUUGUUCGGGCUCGUUAUGAAACCGUGCUAGCUAACGUUCGCUAACGUUAGCAGUUGACUGCCGUAACUAACGUUAGUUACGCCGACAGCCGUGAAAGCGGCCGGAGACGCGGUUCAAGUGGAGGUAGUUACUCCGUCUUUCUUGUAAUCCAGAACUAACGAAACCUUUGAUUUUUAAAAUCCCGGACUGAAGCGAGGCGUGUGGACUGGAACCUUGAACCCCAGCGCCCGCGGUCUUGGAGCAGACCCCGGGCUCAGCCUCGCAAACCCGGGACCCCUCUUCCUUCGACCGAGUGGCUGUUUUAAUGGCAGCCACAGCCAGUGCCCGGCGGUUACCCAUGGGUGUGCGGACGUUCAGCGACUUUCUCCAGGUCGCCACCGUGGGCUCCCCUCGCUCGUGUCGUGCGGCGGUGCCGAGAGGACGCCCGCGACAGAACAUUAGACACUUGUCGUCAUGUGGCAUUUUGAUGACGAGAACUCCCAGAGUGCUCUGCCUUCAAGACUGGGACACAAUGACAGCCGUUCCCCAAAGCCGAAACUUCAUCAGCCUCACCAACAAAAGGAAGGAGUACUCCGAGCGUAGGAUACUUGGGUAUUCUAUGCAGGAAAUGUACGAUGUGGUGGCCAACGUUGAUGAGUACAAACACUUUGUGCCCUGGUGUAAGAAGUCCCAGACCAUCAUGAGAAGAGCGGGCCACUCCAAAGCCCAGCUUGAAGUGGGAUUCCCUCCAGUGGUGGAGAGAUACACAUCUAUGAUCACUAGCGUCCGGCCUCAUCUAGUCAAAGCAGUGUGUACAGAUGGAAAGCUGUUCAAUCACCUGGAGACGAUAUGGCGCUUUAGUCCCGGCAUUCCCGGUUACCCUCGCACCUGCACGGUAGACUUUUCUAUAUCCUUUGAGUUCCGCUCUUUGCUGCACUCCCAGUUAGCCACCAUGUUCUUCGAUGAGGUUGUAAAGCAGAAUGUCGCCGCCUUUGAGCGGCGAGCUUGUAAGAUAUACGGCCCAGAGACUCGUAUCCCGCGGGAGCUGAUGUUUCACGAGGUGCAUCAGACGUGAUCUCGGCAGCUGUAUGUCCUCAUCUGGCCUUAAUCCAUACCAACCUUUAUUCCCUUUAUCCACACGAACCUGCAUGAUGCUGCAUAGUCACCCCCCUCCCCACUUCAACUCCUCCACAGCUACAUAGACAUCAUAGUGGCUGCUGAAGAUGUUAGACAUCCAGCUCUUGUAAGCAUUUUGUUGGAAUAUUAAUAACUCUUCUUAUUCCAGCCUCCGCAGAGUCUUGUUUAUCACCCUCCUCCUUGUGUUAAGUGUCCACUUUCUGUCUACCUCCACUGAAGGGAUCCUUGUUAGCAGAAGGAACCCCACCAUUGCUCUUGCUCCAUGGCAGUUACAAGCUGUAUUUAUGUAAACAAAACAGUAAAUCAUUGCAACAUCAUGUUACCAAUGGUAGAGAGUCGACUAUUAUUUUAACUGAAUAGAACAGUGACACUGAACAAAACACCCCUUUUUAUAUAUUUAUAUAAAAAGGCACAGAGGCCCUUUGAUCCAGACUCCUGCUCAAGUCACAGUUCACUGUGACCUCAAAGGCAUCACUUGUCAAACUGACACUUAAUCAAGUCAAAGUGUGUCCAAUUUUUAGUUUAAUUUCAGCACUUUGAUCAGCUGAUUAAACUGUAUUAGAAAAACACACUCUCUGCCUUUAUUUUACCACUUACUUUUAUUUCAAAUGUAAGUUUUAAUAUAUUGUUUGACAUAUAGUAGUGAACUCGGUGCAAAAUGAUAUUUCAUUUCAAACUUUUUAAUUUAUUCAUCAGUGGUUAUAUGCAUUUUAUUUUAAAAAUUCUUAUAUCGGGAUUCAAAUGAAUUGUGCCAUGUUCGGGACGUUGAGUGUGUUGUCACUGUGUGUUGUGACAGUGUCAUUGAAGUGCAACAUUUUGCGAAGGGAAAAAGGUGAUUUCUUCAUUUGUUAGCUGCGGCUUUCGUUAACCCUGACGUUUGGGAAAUUUAGUUUUUCCAUGGCUGUUUUUGUGUUGUGAGGAUUGUGUUUUUUGGGCAUCGAGACUUGGCCUGCCAAUUUUCGAAAUGAAUUAUUUUACAGCCCAACACUGGUAGUUAUUAAUAGGUGGUUAAUAGAGGUGGGGGCAGUUCGACUUUGCACAAACAAGAGCACCUGAAUGAAUCCGUGUGCAGGCUGGAGAGUACUGUGAAAUACUAUAACUGGGAUUACAACAGAAAUGUCACCUAUCAUGUAGGUUAACUACAACUUUAUAUUUGAUAAAUAUAUGGUUUGGGUUUGCAGAUUCAUAAAGAUUAGACAUUAAGAUGGUUUAUCUGGUAGCAUUUUAGAUCAUCACUUGAAAUGUCACUUUAAAUUAUGGCAAUUUAUUAAUAGUAAUCUGAUUAGAGCACAGUUAUAAUAAUCCAAUUGAUUACUGCAGUGAAAGCAAAGACUUUGUAACAGAUGUAAAAGUUUCCCCUCUCUGCUUUGUGUUUUGCGGUCCAUCUUCUGAAGGUCAUGACAGGGGGAUGUUACCCCUGUCAUGUACAUUGUUAGUGUAAAAUACACUGGUGGGCUGUAGAAUAAAAAAAAUUCAUUCAUCAUUGUCUGUGGGUUUCAUGCUCAUUUUUAAAAGGUUAAGAUUUUAUUUAUAUUCAAUAUGAUGCAUAGAUUUAACUAACAAAGAGGCAAAAAUAUAGACAUGUUUCUAGUGUAUACGUGUUGCAUUGUUAGGGCGUGAUUACAUUUUGUUGGCAUUCAAAUUUCAUAUCGAAGAAUCACAUUGCUUUAUUCCCUGAUAACGGGCUCAUAGUUAAUUGAUUGUAUUUGCCGUAUUUUAGAGGUGAUUGAUACAUUCAGGUUGCCACAGGUCAGUGGAGUCAUUUUGCUCCGAGUCUCAUACUCCAACAGAGCUGAACUAUGGUUCAUUAUUUUCAAAGCUGGAUUUAGUCUUCAAGGUAGAUGUUUUUAUUUUUUCUGUUAAAAACGUGAUUUGGAAAUGAAUGGAUAUUUAAUCAUCAGCGCAUGAAGAAUGUUAGUGGGCCUGUGAAUCGCUGUUACGUUUAAAAAAAAACACCAAAAAAAAACGGUUGAACUUAUUAAAAGAUUUUUAAAUGCAAUUUUUGAGUGUUAUAUUUUUAAGAAAUAAAAUAGAUUAAGUCUAUUUUAUAUCACAUUCUCAAGCUAGGAUGCGAUAAAGCUCGACGUUGCAUCAUGCAUCUCCACCCAAAAUCUGCUUCUUUUUUUUCUGCUAGAGAUGUUGUGUGUUCAAUAUGCUGUGUACAGACUGAAUUUCAUGCCAAGUUUUAUUAUUGUAGGUGCCAAAACUCUGUGAAUCUGACACAGUGGAAAAUAUUAUUUAAUUAAA